AGUCGUCUACAUCUUAUCAGGAGCCAUGGCUGAGUCAGACCACAGUGAGAAAGACCAUUGUGGUUUCGGGACUCAAUCCAUCUCAAAUAUGUGCUCUCAACUUAAAAACAAUCUGUCUGGAAAUGGAUUAAUGUCACAGUUACGUACUAUGAAGUUUCCUGAAAAAAUGUCCUCCAAGAUUCCACAAGCGAGCGCUGAAGCAGAGCCUGACUCAAGGACGCCAGAUGACCAGCAUGGAAACUCGUCCACUGACUCCUCAUCAUCCCUGAAAUCAAUGGCCUUAACACGGACAUUGGAUUUUGACAAGAUUUUCUCAACUGUGGGAAAGAUGAUCUUUGACCCGUCAGACUCAGACGACCUGGAUGACGAGGGGUCAGAGUCAAAUGAAGGAGAAGUACAAAGUGCGAGGGUCCGCUCAAAGUUCCUUCAUAAUUUACCUCUCUAUCAGGACUACUGCCUGAGUGUGCGUGACGACAUUCUGAGACUGAAAAAGUCAGAGCUGCUGCUCUCGAAGAGUGUCCUGGGUUUAAAGACUCAACUGGGAAAGAGCUACCAGUCCCGAACCGAGUCCCCUCAGCGCAGUCACAGUCUCUCUCCUGGUGGUCCCAUCUGCUCCACCCCUCCCACACCCAUUAAAGUGACACCCAGCACCCUGUGGCAGGACCUAGAGGAGGUGAAGGGCUCUGGUGUGCUCCAAAACUUAAGUGCAAGAGAGACAAGACUACAUGAGACAUCAUUUGAGUUGAUCUGCUCCGAAGCAUCUUACAUGAGGAGUCUGGAAAUCACAGUUAAACAUUUUUAUGUGUCCAACGCCCUGAGACAGACACUGACUCAGAUGGAGCAUCACAUCCUGUUCUCUAAUAUUCAGCGUGUGAUGGUGGCCAGUGAGAGAUUUCUCACAGACUUGGAGCUUCGACUGGGAGAGUGCAUCCUGAUUGGUUCUCAGGUUGGUGAGGUUGUGCUUAGACACUGCCCUGCGUUUCGUCGUCUUUAUGUCCCUUAUGUGACCAAUAUGUCAUACCAGGAGGCUCUCAUCGGGCAACUGCUGCAACGAAACAAAGAUUUCCAGCAUGCACUCUCCAAACUUGAGAAGAGUCCAGUUUGUCAAAGGCAGAGCUUGAAGUCUUUCUUGGUUUUGCCAUUUCAGAGAAUUACCCGGAUUAAACUUAUUCUGGAGGCGAGUAUGUUAAUAGAUGUAAACUAG